AUGGCAGCUGGCUCACCGGCCAGAGUGGGGGAUAUGCCGCUCUGCUUCCUCGGCGGCUCUCAUGGAGCAGACGCCGAACGGGAGUACCUCACUCCCUUUUUACCCCCCCUCUACUGGUGGGGGGGCGGAGGCCCCAUGAGGCAACCCAAGACAUGCAAAUAUCCUCCCAUCUCCCUCUGUAAGGGAUACAACUGCAAAAACUGUAGAGACUCUGAAAGCAGAGGAUUCAUGGGACAUACUGGAGGUUUAUUUUUUGACUCUCUUCUGAUUUUUCCCCCUGAAGCAGUUAUCUUUCACCAAGUGGUCUACAUCAUCCCUGCUCUGCUGCUCACAAUGACAUUCGCCCUGGUUAUAUGCAAAAUGGACAAACGGAGAGGAACAAGAGCCAAUGUUAACAGAGACAACACCAAUGAAGCAGCAAUAGAGGAAGUGCUGGGUGAAGCAGUUAUUUAUGCAAACCAAGAGUUGGUGCUCUCAGAAAAGUUGCCCACCAAACAGCGGCGUGCCUGUCAACGCAAUGAGUAUGCAGGUGAAGACCAACAAGACUCUGUGUACCGCAACAUCUCCGCAUCAGAGGAUAUCUACUGCAAUGACAUUUACAUAAACAGUUAGCCAUAUGAACAGCAUGCACCGCUGUGAUCAUCUUCUCAUUUCUAGGUCACAUUUGUAACCAAUGAUGUGCUGAUGAUGUGUUCAGGAGCAACAAAGAUAUGUAUUUUAUCAAUAAUUACCAUCAGUUAUAUUUGUAUUCAUUGCUUUAUUAAUUGCUUUAACUUUACUUUUGCUUUUUACUUAUGUUCAAUAUGAAGGCAUGUUGUUAAUAUACCAACUGUUUAACACACCUGCACUUCCAACAAGAAACUGUAAAUAACCAUUUAAACUUAUUAUU